AUGUGUGGGCUAAUGAACGGCGAUCCAUCAAUCACAUCCCCUUGGCAACGCCCACGCGUCACCCACAUUCUUGCGCCCUCUCAUCCCAUCAUUUCUGGCGAUGUAUAUAUACCACUCGUCUCCCACAUUCUUCAAUCCAUCCCCCAUCCCCAUGCCUCACCUCUGUACUUGUCAAACCAGCGCACAGACACAAUCUCGACACCCUUCCUUCAUCCUCAUCGCGUCUGCGCUCAUAAUCAUGCCUGUCGAGAAAGUCUUUUGGACAAUGCAGCCUGCUGUCACCUCUUCCAUGGUACUCCGCUGCCUAUACAACACCGACCGCGCCUCUGGACGUCUCGAUGCCGACGAUGGCUUACUCCAGUCACCUGCCACCAGCCCAGCCGUACCCCACACCGUACAGUCAAAGUGGAUCAAUGGAUACUGGGUGGUGGGGAUAGAUACGGCCUGUCAGCUUGUAUUUCUCACCAACUCGUGCCCAUACCAAUCACAGAUCCGGCCUCGCGAAUCACGCCUGGCGCUACAUUGCCCCCCACUUCCUUCCUCCCUUCCUCCACCGCGCCAGAACUCUUCCUCCGUGACUUUCCUUCAACUUCCCCUCUCAACAUCUGCUCCAAGGCUUGUACUCCGAAAAGCAAGAUCCAAACGCCACCGUCUUCCGGACGGCCAUCGAUUCUCGUCUAG